AGUUACAGUACACAGAAGUGAAAGCGAGGAGCCAGGACGUUCGAUGUUGUUUCUCCUCUUCUUGAUUCCACUAACAAAAAGCAUCUCAUAUCCAAACAACAGUGUGCAAAUCUCGAGAUCGCCAUAUCUUCAUGAGCCUUCUUCUGUGAGCCACUGCAAUGCACGGCCGCUUCUCGGAAUAGCCGGAGCACAUCGUGGAUAUUGCGAAAGUGGAUGGACUUACUACAAUGAGACGGAUGCUUGCUACAAGAAUUUCUUCUCAGCAACUUUUGACGGUGCCGAGAGCGUAUGUAUAACUGUUGGAGGACAUCUGACUUCAAUCCACAGCUAUAAAGAAAAUGCUUUUGUAGCUGAGCUGGCGAAGUCUGGCAAGACACUUACCGGUGCUGAUGACACAACCUGGAUAGGUUUGGUACGAUCUGAUCAUUUGGACAGCAGGUUGCCAGUCAAGUGGAUGUGGACUGACGGCACUGCAGUUGACUAUUUAGAAUGGACUCCAGAUCAUCCUGGAGCAGAACGUUGUGUGCUGCUGUGGUCUGAUCCUCACGUAAGCGAAUAUACAAAAUUAUGGUAUCGAAAGUGGGCCAAUUAUCCCUGCAGAAUCACUGUAAGAACGUUUGUGUGCAAGAAAAUGGCUUGUUAUUUUAACGCUUGAACCUUUCAAGUUAUUGUUCCUUUCACAAUAAAACGACAU